AAUUUUGUAAACAUUGUAAAUUUCUAUACAAUCCAUACCAAAUGCGAUAGCAAUCAUUGUUUCAGUUAUUGGUUACUAUUGAACAAGUACGGUCCAAAAAUGUUAAAAUUAUAUUUUACUUUAUUGUUAAAGUUCGCUUUUGGUGCGCAGCCACAAUGUACAGUAGCUGAUGUAAAAAAUUUGUUGGAAGGUUGUGAGCACCUUACAGGUUUAAAUAUCACCAGUGUUGGUGGCACAAUGGUUAAUGACCAUAAUUGCGACGUCCUGCUUCCAAAGCAAGUUUUUCUUGAAGAGCCUUUAUUUCAAUAUCCUCUUGCUGAUUCGAAAAAAUUCUACACGAUUAUUAUGGUAGACCCUGAUGCUCCUCCUCAGUUAGACGGAGAGUUCUUCUUACAUAUGUUAAAAUCAAAUAUACCGGGCUUGGCUCUAAAAGGAAAAGAAAGUGUAAAAACUGUAGGAAUUGACUAUAGAGGGUAUAAGCCGCCAACUCCACCUCGCGGAACAGGCCCACAUCGCUAUAUAUCUCUAUUGUACGAGCAGGCGGACGGGAAUAAUUUUUUACCCUCAGUGCCAUCUAGCCGCAGUCGAUUCACUUUAGCAAACUGGCUUCGGGGGAAAAACCUUUGUGGACCAGUGGCUGGAACACAACUCCGAAUACAAUUCUAGUUGGCUAACAAGGAAAUUAAAGAAGUACACUGAUUAUAAACUA